UUAAAAAAUAAUUAAAUAAAAUGCUCAAAUCAAGCAUUUUUGUCAUCCAGAUCCUCAUUUUUGGAUUUCUCGUCGAUCUGGUUGAACUUCGGAGAGAAUAUCAGCCCGUUCAGCGAAAGGAAAUUCCGUUAGGCGCAAUUUUCGACGAAGAUGAUCACGAAAGUGAAGUUGCUUUCCAAUCGGCAAUCGAUUAUCAAAAUAUGCAAACGCGCGAAUACGAAUUCGUUCCCGUGAUUCAUCGCAUUUCGGCGGGAGAUAGUUUCAAAGCGGGUCAAGUUGCUUGUGAGAUGGCUUCGAAUGGAGUUGCUGCAAUUUUCGGGCCUACAUCGCAUUUGACUUCGGGCAUUGUGAGUUCAAUAGCGAAUGCUUUGGAAAUUCCGCAUAUCAUGACACAUUGGAUACCCGUAACAAUGAACCCUUUAAAUCAUCGCAUGACCAUCAACAUGUUUCCCGAUAGCGAAGUGUUGUCGGAGGCGUUACUCGAUUUGGUUGACGACUACGAUUGGAAGCAUUUUACGAUAAUUUACGACGAAGAUGCACGAUUGAUUCAUUUGAAGGAUGUUCUUGGCGCACAUGGACCUGAUGAUCAUCCGAUAACGGUUCGAAAGUUGGAAGAUGGAGACGAUCAUCGUCCCAUGUUGAAGGCAAUUCAGGAUAUGGAUGAAUUUCGAUUGAUUUUGUCUGUGGAUAAGGAUCGUGUUGUCGAUUUGUUGAGACAAGCGGCGGAAGUUAAGCUUUUCGGAGAUUAUGUGCAAUACAUUGUUGCUGAUUUGGAUAUUCAUUCGAUAGAUUUCGAGGAAAUUACGCAUUCAGGCACGAAUAUUACGGCGAUGAGAUUAAUUCACACGGAUAACGAUGAGUUGAUGUACAUGACGCAGCUGUGGAAACAAAGAGAUCGUGAUAUGAGAUUGCAAGGCGUGAAAAAUUAUACACUCUCGGGAAUAUUUCACGACGCUGUGAAGAUCUUCGUAACAGCAUUUUUGGAGCUCGAUGAAGUUGAAGAGAUAGAAGUAACAAAUUUAUCAUGCGAAAGUCCCGAACCAUGGCCUCAUGGAAACAGAAUCGUCAGUUUUCUGAAAAAAAAAGAAGGCGAAGGCAUAACCGGCAAAAUUGGCUUCAACGAAUUCGGAGAACGAACAAUUUUCAAUUUAGAAAUUAUCGAAUUAUCCAAAGAUGGUUUCAAGAAAAUCGGAAGUUGGGAUCCUUUGAACAAAGUCGAAUAUACUCGUACAGAAGGCGAUAUCACGCAACAAAUUGUCGAAAGUUUGCAAAAUAAAACUGUAAUUGUCUCGUCACGCAUCGGAGAGCCAUUUCUCAUGUGGCGAACGCCUAAAGAGGGCGAAAUUUUAGAAGGAAAUGCUCGUUUUGAGGGAUAUUCGUUGGAUUUAAUUGAUGCUGUUGCACGUCACAUCGGAUUUAAAUACAGAUUUGAACUUGCGCCUGAUGGAAAAUACGGAAGUUUUAACAAAGUAACGAAAAAAUGGGAUGGUCUCAUUAAACAACUUCUUGAAAGAAAAGCUGAUUUGGCAAUUUGCGAUUUGACGAUUACUCAUGCACGAAGACAAGCUGUUGACUUUACGAUGCCCUUUAUGACACUCGGAAUCAGUAUUUUGUAUAAAAAACCAAUUAAAGAGCCUCCAAAGCUAUUUUCCUUCUUGUCUCCGUUAUCGUUGGAUGUUUGGUUGUACACUUGCACCGCAUAUAUGGGCGUCUCGUUGUUACUUUUUAUGUUAGCUCGUAUGGCAGCAAGCGAUUGGGAGAGUCCUCAUCCCUGUAAAGAAGAUAAUGAAGAAGUUGAAAAUAUUUGGGGUUUAAUGAAUGCAACUUGGUUAACAAUGGGCAGUAUUAUGGGACAAGGUUGUGAUAUUUUACCAAAAUCAGCAUCAACUCGACUUGUUGCCGGUUCAUGGUGGUUUUUUGCAUUGAUCAUGCUUUCGUCUUAUACAGCAAAUUUAGCUGCUUUUUUGACGAUGGAACGUAUGGAUGCCUCAAUUGAAAGUGCAGAAGAUCUCGCGAAACAGAGUAAAGUCAAAUGCGGCGUUGUAGAUGGAGGAAGUACAGCAGCUUUCUUCAGAGAUUCAAAUUUCUCGACUUACCAAAGGAUUUGGGCAUCAAUGGAAUCAGCAAAGCCUUCAGUUUUUGUAAAAAAUAACGACGAAGGAAAAGAUCGUGUCAAAAAAGGAGAUUAUGCUUUCUUUAUGGAGUCAACUACUCUUGAAUACAUCACGGAACGCGAUUGUGAAUUAGCUCAAGUCGGCGGAUUGUUGGAUUCGAAAGGUUAUGGCAUCGCAUUGCCUUUAAAUUCUCCGUAUCGCACGACAAUCAGUCAAGCCGUUAUAAAGCUGCAAGAAGAAGGAAAACUCAUCAAAAUUAAAAAUACUUGGUGGAAAAAAGAAGAUGGUUGUUCGAGUGUUGAUUCAGGCGACGAAGGCGGAGGCGAUGCUGCUGAACUCGGAAUUGGAAAUGUUGGCGGUGUGUUUCUCGUUUUAGGUAUUGGGCUUGCUUGUGCAUUUGCCAUCGGAAUUAUGGAGUUUUUAUGGAAUGUUCAUAAAAUUGCCGUUGAAACAAAAGUUUCGCAAAUGCAAGCCUUAAAGAGCGAAUUAUCCUUCGCCUUGAACUUUUCCAUCUCAAAUAAACCUGUUCCUCCGUCGGAGCCUGAACCUGAAGGGCAUGUCGAAGAUACGGAAGAAAUAAUCGGAAUGGAUUUCGAAAUGGCGCCUGAACCAAAAAGCUAUUUGAGACAACAAUCCGACACACUUUCGGCAAAAAUCAAAUCCAUUAGUGUGACAAAUUUGAACAAAAUCGGCAAGAUUUUCGGCAAAAAGAGUGAUAAAGAGUGAAAAAAUUGCAUUUUUCAUUGUAU